AUGAAAAUGGCCGCACCAGCCACUUUAAAAUCAGUAUCAAUAACAACCAAAAAUAAUUAUAUUUGUAGUAUAAAUAGUAAUCAAUGUAAAAAUCAAGAAAAUAUAAAUUCAACAAUAACAAAUAAAUCGGUAGAGCAUCGUAUUUCAAAUUCACAACAAUCAUUAAUAAAAUCAACAAAUAAAAAAGAUAAUAGUUUUAAUCAAAGUCUACCGAAAUUUCGUAUACCUAAAAUAGAAAGGUCAAAUAACAGUAUUUUAUCACCAGAUGCUAAUAAACUAUCUUCAACAGAAAUGAAAAUGGAAACAAAUAUGAAUAUUUCACCACAAGCAUCAUAUACAGAAAUAAAUUCAUUAUCAACUAGUAAAUUGAAUGAUGAAUUUAAUUCUUCACAAGGCAAAAGAAAACUUUCUCUAAAUCAAUAUAAAGAACAUAAACGAUUGAAAUUGAACGACAUGGAAGAAAAUUUUUCGGGUGAUAUUGAUAUGCGUAUAGAUGCAAUGGUAAAUAUGCAGAAUUCACCGCCGAUAGCUAUGGAUGAGAACUCUACAAUCACAUCGGAUAAUCAAUCAGUAGUUAGUCCAAAAAUGGAGAAUAUUAGUAAAGAUAGAGUUAUCAAAAGUAAUCUGAGUGCACCAGGAGUAAAAAAACUAAUAAAAAAAAGACUCAUUUGGGCAGAUGAAAAAAAUCAAGCUCUUGUACAGACAUCAUUUUUUGAAAUAGAUGAUUCCGAAGGAACAGAUGUGCAUACAUUUGCACAUCAAGGUGCAAUGAAUAUAUCUAUAGCACAAAUUGAAAAAUUAUUAGAACGUGAUCUUCGUAAACAACAAAGUUUACAAGAUAUUAAUUCAUUUGAUAAUAUUGAUAAUAAACAAAAUUUACUUCCAUUUCCAACUUUAAUACCUAUUUUAUUGCCUGACACAAUAAUUAAAUCACAAGAACGUCUUGCACAACAAAAACGUGAAAAAAUUGUUUUAAAAACAUUUUGUACAUCUUCAUUUUUAUCUGAUAGACCAGGUGAAUUAAAUAGUGAUCUUCUUGGAAAUAAUACUAUUGUUGAACGUAAUGAACCAAAAUUAAUUCCACUUGAUAAUAAUACUUCAUCAUCUGUAUCAAAUCAAGUAUCAUCUUUAGAUGAUAAUAAUAAUUCAACUUCAACAAAUAUAUCUUUAGCUUCAAUGAGUCCAACAUCAAGUCUUUCACCAUCAUCAUCAUCAUCAUCAUUAGUCGAUAAUAUAUCACCUGAAGUUGCUCGAAUUCUUGCACAAGCAAAAGAAAAUUCAGCAACAGUAACUACAAAUCAUGUUUCAUCAAUAACAGCGGAUACACAAAUUAAUCCAUCAAAUACUAUAACAUCAACAAAUCUACCGUUAGCAUCAAUACAAAAUUUUCUUUCUUCAUUACUUAAUAUCUCACGACCGAAUGAAAUUAAUACAACAAACAUACCACCAACAAAUUCGAUAGUUAAUCUUGUAUCAAAUCCAUCAGUUAAUAUGAAUUUAACAAUUCCUACAAAUUUUUCUAUUAAUCAAUUAUUAGCUAAUGUUCUUCCUUUUAGUACAAUACCAACAACUUUCAAUAAUUCAAUUAUUCAACCAUCAUCGACUAUAUUUAAUACAUCACAAUCAAUACCAAUUACAACAACAAUCAAUUCUAAUAAUAAUUCAACUAUAAAAUCACCAAUAGUUCCUUUUGUUUCUGACCUAGAUCAACAAUUCCCAAGAUUUAACAAUAACAAUAAACAACAAAAUAGAAAUUCUUGUCAAAAUAAUAGAAAAUAUAAUUAUCAGCGACGAUUAUAUAAUAAUAAUAAUAAUGGUCAUAAUUAUUAUCAAAAUCGAAAUAAUAAUAAUAAUCAGGGAAAUAGAUUUCCCUUAAAAUAA